GGUCGUCUUCUCCAUACAAUCGAUAUGUGUGUUAGGAUGACAAUGGCGGCCAUGCAGGUCCAUUGCUAUGACAUGGAUGAAACAUUCAGUUACACAAAAGAUGUUUAUUGAGAAUAUAGUGACUGAAUUGUCUUCUUCCUGGGAUUAUAUGCUUCUGUGUGCAUUUAGCGACGAUUCUUGGAGAAAUGUUUCAUGGUUCCACAGGCAGAGGAUGUCGUGCAGUCAUUCAUGGCAAUGGUGGACACACACAGUACCGGGCUUAACGACUGCAGUGCCUCUCAAAUAACGUUUUAUGAACUUUGCAAUCCUCCAAACAUACACUUGACCUGCGUUUAGCUUUUAAAACCUUGUGGAGGUCACAAUGAAUCUAUGGAAAACUACAUACAAGAAUAUGGCAUGAUGAAUUUCUAACGCACUCACUGUCUGAUUCUCAGCACCAAGGAACAAAGGGGUACCAUUGUCAUGGAUACAAGACACCGCAAGGAUACUGACAGUGGAUAUGCCUGGGUUGUUCUGUUUGCUGCAACCUUUUCCAACUUCAUCAUAGGGAUGUUGUUAUAUUCGCCUGGCGUAUUCAACACCGCCAUCUUGGAAGAGGUAGAAAAUGACCUUUCGCGGACAUCUUGGAUCGGCUCCACUUUGGUUGGAACGACUACGUUGUCAGGUCCAAUAGCUGGAGUUUUUACAAGCAGAUUUGGCUGCAAAGCGGCUUCCUGUCUUGCAGGAACGUUGGUUCUGAUUGGUCUGAGUGUAUCUUCCUUUAUAAAGAGCGUCAAUGGUCUUUUGUUCACGAAUGGCAUCCUGACAGGUUUGGGAGCAGGUCUAGCAAUAAAUGCAGCAGGUACCAUACCUGGACUCUACUUUGAAAAACGCCUCCCUCUUGCAUUUGGCGUCUCCACUGCUGGAACCGCCAUGGGUCUGUUUGCUGGAGGCCCUUUAGUUGCCAUAUUACUAAAAACCUAUUCUCUCAGUGGUGCGUUUCUCAUCUUUGCUGCCAUAGGUAGUCACCUCUGUGUCGCAGGAUCUCUGAUGAGGCCAAGACGACAAGCUACAGUCAACGUUAUCGUCCCAGAUCAACCGCAUGAGUAUCAGUCAGUCACGCUCUUUGUUGAAGGUAACGCACUUCAGGAUGAAUCGAGUAACUUGACGGAAGAACAGGAGCACUGUGAUGCUGGUGUAAAAUGUGACAUUAUUGACAAUAGGAGGAAUGGUUUGGAUGACCAUAAUAUGCAGGACAAUAAUCAAAUCAAGGUGACCGAAAAGAAACCAGGGAGUUGCGAGGAAAAAAAAUGUUCAAGAAAUCGUUUUUUGAUCGUAGAAGAAGGAAACACCAUGAAAGCGGAUUCAACACUGUUACAUUCCAACACUCUUAAUUCAAACUUGCAAAGAAGAUGGUGGAGUUAUGUUAAAAGAAACAUGCCUCUGAUAACAGCGAAUGGAUUCCUUUUCUACAACAUCAGUCUGAUGUUCUUAGGUCUGGGUGAAAAUGCUAUCCUUUUCCAUCUGCCAAAUUAUGCUUACUCUAAGAGCAGCACUCGCAUUCAGUCCGCAAAUCUCUUCACUGCAAUGGGUCUGACUAGCCUUAUGUCGAGAAUAUUCACAGGCAUGAUAUUAAACGACAAGGAAAUAAGUAUUAUCUUGCUCCAUGUUAGCUGUCUUGGAAUAAUAGGAAUCCUGGCUCUGGUGUUCCCGCUCUACUCACACACGUAUUAUCUGCAGAUGGUGUUCAGCGCCUUGUAUGGCCUGUAUGGGGGAGGCCUUCAUUCUAUCCUCAGCCCAAUGACUGUGGAAUGUGUAGGGGUAGCUAAUCUCGCUGUUGGAUUUGGAGUAACUCAUUUCGCCAUAGGAAUCGGAUAUAUUCUUGGUCCACCUGUAGCAAGUAUCAUCUAUGAAAGCAGUAAGGUCUACGAUAACACUUACUUCUUUGGAGGUGGAUGUCUUAUCGCAGGUUCAGUAUGUGCAGCUGUUGUGCCAGUGUACAGGAGGUUACAUGGAUCCUCAUAAAUGGAGAUUACUUUUGAGUGAAUGAGUCCAUUAGAACACCUGUAUGAUAAUCAGCAGUCGUUACAACUUCACAGGAGGCACAGUUGACCACAGUUACGUCCACUUUGGCGUGCCAGGAAACUUUUCAUCAUGGUUUCGGAUUCCGGUUCGCCUUGAUUAUCUUUUCAGACAUGCCCCUACCAUAGCCGUGAUCAUGGGCUUCACCAAUGUGGUAAAUGUCUGAAGACAACACAUCAGACAGACAUUACAUGAUACAACUUAAAUAAAGUUCAACAGCAUGCAGCAUGAAAGUUAUGUAGGCUGUAGACCGUUUUCUUAAACCAACGAGACCCGUGAAGAUCCGGGCUAGAAUAUGUCUUCAGCAACUCAUGCUUGUAAGAGGCGACUAAUGAGUCAGACUCGCUGACUUGAUUGUUGCAUGUCAUCGUAUCCCAAUCGCAUAGAUCGAUGCUCAUGAUAUGAAGCACUAUAGAUUGUCUGGUCCAGAUCUAGACUCGAUUGUUUACAGACCGCCGUCAUACAACGUAAACCCAUGAACAAGGGUAUCAUGCUGAAUAAAAAUAUACAUAUCGCAUAUCACAAUUGUAUUCCCAAUAUAUCACAUUUACGAUACGGAAACACGCACGGAUACAUUCCACUGGUUUUAAUCAUGUCUGGCUUAGCGUGCGCAUGUGAACUAGAAAACACUGAGGAGUAAAUGUUAUCGCUGGUGACAACCCACCAUCUGUUGUCAAGACUGGCUUGCACUGAUGUCAUAUUGCAGACUUUUGCAAACUGUUAAACGCCCUGCACUCUGCACAUUGAAUGAUGAUGGUUGGUUUAAGUUCAGUCUCUACACGUGACUCCGAACAUGAUAAUUCACACACCACGUCAAUGCCACCACUUUACAUAGCAUCAGCCCCCACACCACAACAAAACAUCACAAGAUUGGUAUUUUGUUUUUAAACCGAAAAGUGUGUGAUAGGCACAAUCUCAUGAAAAUCAGACCUCAGUUCUCGC